AUGCGGCAACAGCAGCACCUUAACCUCAAAGAGAGGAUGAUCGCGCUUCAAAAUGCACAAACCAUGCGUGAGCAAGCAGCUAGAAGAAAGGUAGAGUUUACUAACUCUAACGCUUCUUGCUGUAAAACAAGAAGUACACCAAUCGCAGCAAACAUGAGAGCAAGAAAACAAACGCAUCAUCGAAGAGAAUAUUCAGGGUAUAGAAGCGCUCACCAAAGAGCCCCACCAGGAUAA